CAAAUUUAGACCACGGUCUUGCUAAUAAAAAUUAUACUAAAUUAGCUAACGAAAUUAUGCUGCAGCGUAAAGAAAAAUUAGUCCAAAAAUUUAAAGAUGUCCACAUAGACUCGUUAAAUUUCGAUGAUGAUUUGAUGUCUAAAGCUCACAAGACCAAAAUCUACUAUUGUAGUCGAACACACUCCCAAUUACAACAAUUUAUCAAAGAGAUUGUUAAAACUGAAUAUGCUACUAAAUAUAAGAUAAAAGUAGCGCUUUUGGCAUCAAGAAAUCAUUAUUGUAUCAAUCCUCAAGUUAAAACAUCAAAUCAAGAAAAUAUAUGGCUUAUUAACGAAAAAUGCCUGAAAAUGGUGAAACGAUCAAAAAAGGAUCUAACAAUUUCUUGUGAUUCUGAUGACAGUGACAAUAUUAUAGAAGAUCUUGUUGAUAGAAAUAUUAAUGGAGAUAUAGUAAUGAAAAAUAAUAAAAAUGAAAUAGGAAUUAGUAAGCUAACAAAAAAACGCAACCGAAAAGAAAUUAACAAAAAAAUAGAAAUACGUUGUCAGUUUUAUGAUAUGUUGAACAUUCAAAUUUUGAGAGAUAUCAUUUUAUCCGACGUUCAGGAUAUUGAGGAAUUAAUAAAUGAAGGAAAAAGAGUAAUAAAGGCUUGCCCUUAUUAUUCAUCAAGAUCAGCCAGUGAUGAAGCUCAAUUAGUAGUUCUACCUUACAACAUAAUCCUUGACCCAGAGGCCAGACAGGCCAAUGGCAUUGAUUUGACCGACAAUGUUUUGAUAAUCGACGAAGCUCAUAAUUUAAUUGAAACUAUUUUUAAUAUCAAUUCUAAUGAAAUAAACGGAUUACAUCUUUUGAGAUUAUAUUAUCAACUGUCAAAGUAUAUGGAGAGAUUCGAAAAACGAUUCACGCCUGAUAAUAUGAAACAAAUGCAAGACGCAUUAAAUAUUGUUGAAAAUUUGGUGGAAUAUCUAAAGGAAUAUCAUAAUAAACCCGCCAAUAAAAAUGUCAAGUUGGACCUCAAUUUUUUUCUUUUCGAAUCCCGUCUUAGCAACUUCAAUAUUUACAAAAUUAGAGAUUUUAUUCUAAAUUAUCAAAUUGCCAACAAACUAUUAGGUGUUAAAUUAAACGACCUAUCCUCACAGAAUUCAAAUUUAACAUGGAUAAAAGCUAAAGAUGAAACAUCUUUUUUGCAAAAUUAUUAUGAUUCUAAUCGGAUUAAAAUUUCUCGCUGUUUUCGAUCAUACGUCACAAGUAGAAUGAAUGACUCUCAAAAAGAUGGAUAUAUGACUGGCGAAAAUAAUAGUUGGAUGAAUAAUCAUAAUUUUGGAAAUCCAGUUAUAAUUUUUCAAAAUUUCUUGACUUCUUUAAUUCAACACAACGAUAUUGAUAGCAGAGAAAUACCAACGGGAAAAUUGUUUAUUUAUUUAAAAGAUAAUUAUGUCACAAGCCUUUUAAAAUUUGUGUUAGUUAACCCUUCCUCACCCUUUCGUGACAUAUUAACCAAGGCUAGAUCCGUUAUUUUGGCUGGAGGGACAAUGAAACCAUUCGAAGAUUAUAAAACGCAAUUAUUUUACCCUGCAUUAGUUGCCGAAGAUAAAAUUAUAUCGUUUGAAUGUGGUCACAUAAUACCUAAAAAAAAUUUGAGGGUCAUUACAUUGACUCAUGGACCAAAUAAGAUAGAUUUGAAUUUCUCUUAUCAAAAUAGAAACAAUUCUGCAAUGAUUGAUGAGAUAGCUUAUCUUUUGUUAGAUUUAGCUGAAACCAUUCCUGGUGGUAUUAUAUGUUUCUUCCCAUCAUAUAGUUUCGAAAACAUAAUGUUUAAAACCCUUUGUCAUAAUGUUGAUCUAAUGAGUGGUAUUCAAAAGCACAAAAAAAUAUUGAGAGAAUCCAGAGAUGGAUUUAGUACUGCAUAUGAUGAAAUUAACAUGCUUAACAUAAAUCAAUGUGUAUUAACGCAAUAUGAAAAAGAAAUUAAAAAAAAUGGAGGGGCCAUAUUGUUUUGUGUAGUGAAUGGUAAAAUGAGUGAAGGUAUAAAUUUUAACGACGAUUUAGCGAGAUGUAUUGUUAUAGUUGGAAUGCCAUAUCCUAAUCUUCAAAACCCAGAGUUGAUUGAAAAAUUGAGAUAUUUCAAAGAAUUUACGAAAACCAAUCCAAUUAAAGGCUACCAAAUGGGUGAUAGUCUAGAUAAAGAAUAUUAUCACAAUAUGUGCAUGAAAUCCGUUAAUCAGUGUAUAGGACGUGCUAUCCGGCAUAAACAAGACUACGCUAUAAUCAUUUUAAGUGAUAAUAGAUAUAAUAAAGCUUAUAUCAAAGCAAGAUUGCCAAAGUGGAUUAAAGAUAGCAUCGAAUAUUACAAUGAUGAUACCCCUAUGGAUCAUAAAUUGUUGAAAAAUAAUAUAAUCCAAUUUUUCCGAACUGUUCACUACAAUAAUGCCCAAUUAUAAAUAUAUGAGCAAUCAACGAUUUUAAACACAAUAAAUAUGUAUUAAAUUAGUCAUAAUAAUAUAUUGAAUUUAUU